GCAUCCAUCCAGGCCCAUCAAGGACAAGACUGCAACUGCCACAUCACAGGUGUUUAAAUCAUAGCAACAUUUGCAGUGUAGCCACAUAUUGUGAAUGUUGUUACAACCGACAGAAAAGUUUGGUUUUUCUUUUUUUGGGGGUGGGGUGGAGAAUGAUUUCAGCUGCUUUUGAUGUUCCACAGGCUAUGAUGGACAUUUUCUACACCCAUGGUUCUCCUGAGGUCAUCUUAACGGACCAGGGUCGUGAAUUCUGGAACAAGGUAAACAAGUCCCUUUUUGAGGAAUUUGGUGUCAAGCACCGAAUCACAUCAGCAUACCAUCCUCAGACCAACGGACUGGAUGAGAGGACCAAUCAGACACUGAAGAGGUCCUUUGGCAAGACCCGUGAUGGACAACAGGAGAGGUGGGAAGACAAAUUAAAAUAAAUAGUUUUUUCAAACAACUGUUGUGUCCAAGCCUCUUCCAGGUAUUCGCCCUUUCGUCUGAUGUAUGGACGGGAGCCACGUCUGUUUUCAGAGGUGUGUAGUGGUUGACUUUUUCAUAUUACCAUGUUAACAAUUUCUAAAGCAACAUUUUUACUUUACUCGAGUUGAAAUAUUUCAACUUUUCUGCAGCAAACGUGUGAUGACAGCCAAUCAGCGUUCAAC